AUGACCAGAUACAACUUCUUCAAACUCGAUGGAAGUAAGUCAGCCGGGCACAACAGACGUAUUGCCUACUUAUCCUGUGUCUCAGAUCAGCGUGUGUGUCGUGUGCUGGCGGAGAUGCAGAAGUCGGGAUGGAUCGACAGGCACACCCGCGCCCUGUCAGUCGAGAUGAACUUCUACAACGCCAACUUUGACAUCAGCACAUACAUCCGAUUCCAGAUCGACAUCGGCGCGUCGGGACGCAUUCACUCCUCUGUCAAAGUAGGUCUGCCCGGGAGUCCGGAAAGGCACAUGUGUCUCUCUGUGUCCGUGUCUCUGUGUGUCUGUGCAGAUGUACUCUGCGCGUCUGAAUCCCUACAAUCAGGCGUCGAAAACCGACAAGUUUCGGUUCUCGUGUGAGAUAGCCUGGCUGCUAGGUGAGUGAGCACGAGCAUUUGGUGCCAUGUCUCUGCUUGGUUGUCGGUGUGCAGGUCUUCUGAUGUACACUCGAGCUGUCUUCAAGAAUCUCAUUUCACAACGUCUGGCUUAUUUCGGGUAACAGAGCAAAGAGACCCACGGCCACAAAUGGCCACACGGCGUGACGUGAGACACACAGGUCGUUUUGGAAUUUGAUCGAGCUGGUCAACCUGAGCCUCUACAUCACCUCCAUUGUCUAUUGGUCUCGCUUUUUGCUCAUUGGCAAGGAGAAGUUCAGAGAGCCUUCUGGUGCGUAGGCAAGGACGGAUGGAGUGUGGGUGCCAGAGAUGUGUGUCUGUGUAUGUGUGUGCAGCUGAGUAUUUCGACAUGCUGCACAUGAUGCGGAUCUUCAACUUCAUCGCCACCUGUGCAGCGUGGAAUAUGGUCGUUGCUGUCGUCACGGUCCGCACACACCACAACACAACACGUCAAUCCGCUUGAUGUUUUGUGCCCACGUCUCCCCCUGUAUGGCAGUUGUUCAAGUACCUGCAGAUCAACAAGCGGAUGAGUCUUCUGUGGGACGUGCUCUCGGCCGCUGGAAGAGACAUCAUCCCCUUCAUGGUCACCUUUCGCUGUUUUUCCCUACUUGCUCCAUGUCUCUCUUCUCUCUCCCUCUGUUGUGUGUAGGUUGUGCUCACAUUAGUGACGAUCGGCUUCACCUUUGCGGGCCACUGGCUGUUCGGCUUCCGCGUGCAGUCGUGGCACAACUUCGGCGCGUCCUUCUCGACUCUACUCAGAAGUAAGACAAUGAGUCAAUAAUGGAGCCAGGGUCGAUGCUGAUGGUGUGUGUGUCGAUCUUUCAAAUAGGUAUGUCUGGCGACUUGGACUACCAGCCGUUCAAGGUGCGUCGUGUCGUUGCUCAGAGAGGGAGAUCGAGAGAAAUGGGCCGUGUGAGCUGUCCUGGCUGUGUUUGUGCGUGUCUCAGAUAGCAGCCCCCAACCUGGCCAUCAUCUUCACCGUUGCCUACAUCAUCAUUGUCUCACUGGUCUGUGCACGAAAGAGACACAACGACGCCUAGCAAGUACACUUCUCUCUCCACCCCCUCUCUCUUUCUUUCCAUUCUCAGGUGCUGACCAAUGUGUUUGUGGCCAUCCUCACCGACGCCUAUCAAGACACACGCAGCCGAAUGACGAAAGUCCAGGAGGCGUCAGAGAAAGCCGGUCAACGGAAAAAGCACGCAGACGUCUCCAUCUCUCCAUGCAAUGUCGUCUUCGCGCUGAUGCUCAGUGCUGCAGGGAGCACAUACGAGCUGGUCAACAACUUUCUCAUCUACAUCUACCGAAUACAGACGCUCUUCGACUCGUCAAAGGUAAAUGGGUACGUGCAUGUCUGCUGCCAAACACACCGAUUCGCUCCACCCAAAACAGGAGAAGAAGUUUCAGUGGCGCAACGCCGAGGCCAAGCUUGACGCCAUCAAGACGGACCCAGAUCUCUAUCAGGCACACGAGAACCUCAAAUGUGUGUAAUCAGCCACACAUACACGUGCAGAGACGGAUGGCGGCUUUCUCUUGUCUGUCAUGUGUGUGUGUGUGUGUGUGGUGGUCAGCGUCUCUAAAUAAGUUCAAUUUGGACAAAGUGUGGACCAGGGUGCAGGGAGACAUCGUGUGAGCUUACCACCACACACGGAAGCAUGUCCACCCACCCACACAUCCAUCCAUCCAUCCAUCUGUCUGUGCGUGUGUGUGUGCGUGUGUGUGAUUGUCCUCCCUCAGCUCUGGCAAGGAGGAGAUGGUGUGGUGGGAGCUGGUCGAGACAUUCGACGGAAACGAAGACGACACCGAGUCAGUCAGCGAGCAAAGGGGACAAGAAACCCAAAGAUGAUUGAUUUGUAUCUCUCCUUUCUCUCUGUUCCUGUCUGUCUGUGUGUCAGGACAUUUGUCAAAAACCUUCGUCGCUUCCUCAGAAUCGUCAAGGCCAAAAAGAACUACCAACAAAAGGUACGCACUGCAGCCACGAACGAUUUGUGGCAAUGCGACCCUUUUUUCCCACUAACAUGAGACGCACAAACACGCGGGCGAGACACCUGUUUGUUGCAGAUGGAGGACAUGACCUUCGUGCCGAUGGUGGAGGGCGUCUUGCCCGCCGUGCCUGAAGACGAGCAGCCUGAGCAAGAGGUGGGUACAGACAGACAGGCCGGGACACAAUCGAGACCUUCUCUCUUUGUGUGUCGUGUGUAUCUUUAAAUAGGAGGAGGAGACCAAUCCACAAGUGAAUGAGGUGCGCCAGAUCAUCACCCACCUCAUCGCCGAGGUCACAUUCCUCAACGAACAGCUGUCCCGGCUAGUGAUGCCCGAGUGUUCAAGCAGCAGGCCGUCCCCUCACUUACAUCGAUUGCGAGGGCCACCGGGGCAGCUGCAGGGGCGGCGGCUGAGGAGCACCACGCAGCAGAAAGAGGGGCCGCCACCCUCAAGAGCAUCCUGA